AUGUUGAACUUGUUCACUUGUGCUUUUCGUUCUCAUCAAGGUCAUUGGAGAAGAAGUUUAUCGGAAACUUGUUAUCAUAGGCCGUUGAGUUUUUUCGGAAGAGAAAACUCGCUUUGCACAGCAUCACUCUUUUCGCAUAGUUGUAAUCCUAUCAACAAUUUUUCAUCAUUAUCAUGUUUUAAUAAUUAUUCCCGAUUAGCAUCCACAAACGUUGCUGGAGAAAAGCAAGUUUCAUCUUCCUCAUCCACGAGAACGACUAGGACAAGAAAAAAACAAUCUCUUACGACUGUGGAUGAUAGUAUUCUCCAAACACAAAACAAACAAGAAACAACAACAACCAUUCGGAAAAGAACUGCUAGUACCACCCCUCGCAAAACAAAAUCCAAAGAAGCCUUCAAUAAUGAGAAGAGUCAUCUUGUGUUCAGCGAUGGAAAACGCCAAAUUAACCUGAAUGAUGAACAACAGCGAGUCGUAUUCGAGAGUAUUGAUAAAAACAUAUUGGUGUUGGCUUGUGCUGGGAGUGGAAAAACCGCUACCGUGCUAUGCCGAAUCUGUUACUUGGUGAAGGAUCAUCAUAUAAAGGAAGAAGAGAUCAUGUUAACGACCUUUUCACGACAGGCAGCACAUGAAAUGACAAAGCGUUUGGGGAAAAUGUUAGGAAAGAAAAAAACAAAUAUUGAGGCUGGAACCAUUGAUAGCAUUUCGUACAAGUAUUUACAGAAAUACAGUAGCUAUGAUUAUGUGAUGGAUUCUUCUGACUCUUUAUUGGGCGUCAAAGAAAUUGGAUAUCGAUUUAGAAAUUUAUUAAUGAAUAAUCCUGAGAUUGCUGAUCAAAUUUGCUCUAAAAUCAAAUAUCUAUUUAUUGACGAAUUUCAAGACAUUGACGAUACUCAAAUGGAAGUAUUUUCAGAGUUUUACAAACGGGGAACUAAAAUCAUUGCUGUUGGAGAUGAUUCCCAGAAUAUAUAUUCUUGGAGAGGAAGUAAUGUGUUUCACAUUUUGAAUUUUCACAAAAAUUUUGAGAAUACGGUAGUUCAUAACUUGGUAACCAAUUUUAGAAGUACAGAGGAGAUUGUGUCACUAGCCAAUGCAUCACUUGCAUGCAACUUGCAAAACAUUCCAAAAGACAUGAUAUCCAAUAGAGGAAGCAGUGGUCAUUUACCAAUGCUUCGAUGUUGUUAUAUGGAUCAAACUCGUUACUUGUUAGAGGCGAUCAAACAACACAGAGACUCGGGCGUUUCAUUGCACCAAAUUGCAAUAUUGUGCCAUUCAAAUUUUGGACUCUACGAAAUUGAAUCUGAGCUUGCCAAACAUCACAUUCCACACGUUCUUCUCAUGGAUAACUUAAAAAAAGAUUCACGACGCAUGCCUUCCUUAACAAACAAGAUUUGCUUAACUACAAUUCACAAAGCUAAGGGCCUAGAAUGGGAUAUUGUCUAUAUUAUUAACGCAACAGACAAGUAUUGGAAAGAAACGAAUAAUUCAGCAGAAUUAAGAAGAUUAUUCUACGUGGCCAUCACACGAGCUAAAACACAGCUCUAUUUCACGUUUCCAGACAAAACUGGAGGACAACACAAAGAUACCACUCCCACUUAUCUCAGGUUCUUGAGAGAAUUGAACCAUUCUCUGUACAAAACAGAAAACAUUAGUCCCCUUCACAAAAGAGAGGAUGUAAGAAUCGAUCGAUUCUUGGGAAUCAAAAACCCGUAUGCAGUAACAGAGAUGGUACGAAGUCUCAAUGGUGCCGCUAUUGAUACUCUAAGACAAAAGGGUUACUUACCAAUAUUGAAAUUCAAACAGCAACAACUCAUUGAGACACAAUUUUCUUACUGUGAAGUUGUUCACUAUAAUCAAUUGUAUCCUGAUUUUGGAACGUUUAUUGAUACCUUAAUUUGUCGAAUGAUUGCAGAACAGUAUCCGAAGAGUGGUGGAUUUUCGAGUAAAUAUGUUGAGCUAGCCACCAAUUAUGUAAGCCUCUCAUCGUCAGAAUACCAAGUCUACUCCAAAUAUUAUGCAAUACUCAACCAAACAUUGCAGGAACAUGGUCAUUUUCAAGAAAUAUUCAAUCAGAUAGAGACAAGUGACGAGCAGUUAAUGAGAUCUGUCGUCAUUAAAAUUGAAGCCAAAGCAAAAGAGCUCAAAAUUGGAUCAAUGGAAGAGUUGCCAGUAUUUAUACACAAUGCAUUACCAAGAGAAUUUGAACAACAGAUGAUACAAAAUUAUAACAUUUUUAGAAAUGAUUCGAAAAAUUCAUUCGAUAUUCUUAACAGUAUUUGGGAAAUUAGUAAAUGUGAGGCCAUUGUUAAGGAAGGAAGAACUCGCUUACUAUAUCUCUCUGCCUUUCCUUAUCAAAAAUAUCGGAUGAACAUGGAAAGCAUUAUGAAUCGUUCCUAUUCAGAAUUAUUGGACACUUUACAAAAUGUAUACAUUCCUCAUCUCAUGAAUCAAGUAUCACAUGAUAUUCACAGUCAUCUCACCUUCUCAAGACUGGAUAGAAUUGUUGGAGAAAUUGAUUUAAUCAUUGACGGUCACACUCUUGUGGAAAUUAAGUGUUCUACAUCCAAAGAAGUUGAUCUCGAUUGGGUGUUACAAUUACUUUGUUACACUCAUCUUGCUCGACAACAUGGUUAUGAAAUUCAAAAAAUUGCCAUUCUCAAUCCACUCCAAGGUUUAUGGUUCGAGAGUGACAUUUCGUUCUGGAAUGCAGGAGAAGAAUUGUUGCAAGAAUUGAAAGAAUUUACAAACAAGGUCAGAGAACAAAAUCAUAAAUAA